AUGAAUUCAAGACCGCUUCCACCUGGUUGGGUUUCUCAGUAUGAUCCUAAUUAUAAAAGAUAUUUUUUCGUUGGUGGCCUCGGAGGAGCUGUAAGUUUUAUUGGUUAUUCAUAUAAUUUGGAUCUUUCUGAACUUUACUGUAAAUAG